AUGCUUGGCUUUAAGAAAAAGAAUGGUAGCCCUCAAAACUAUGUGUAUUAUGGGAGAGGUGAAGAUAAGACUAGAUGGACUGUUAUUCCUGGAAAUACUAAACUGGAAGGUGAUAAUCUCACUAAUCAACUCAAGAAGUUGAAGGAGAAACUUGAGAGACCUGUAGAGGAAACUCAAAGUAAAUCCACUGGACUUUCAACAGGAGCUAAGGAUGUAAGACUCUUUGUAGAACGCGGGUCAGUACCAUUUCAAGAGAGCGAGGACAUCAAGGCGCUCAUUGACCUUCUUGGCAACUACACGAUUGGUGAGGGAGUUUUGUCCAGAAUGAGACUGCAGGUCUUGUGUUUUUAUAAAAUCGCAGACAAAAGACCAAAUUUGGCACUCAAAGGACACAUUGACACCCAGUAG